UCAUUGAAGGAGAAUACUGGAAUGGAAAGUUCUGUAGCUGCAGAAAAUGAUAGUAAUCCCCCAGAUGUAACAAACACACGGUUUAAGUGCUUAUGGGAUUGCUUCGUUGAUGUCUGCUUCAGAGGAUGAUGUGAAGGAGAGGUGUUGGGACCAAAGAGAAGCGCUGCCGGGUGAGCCUCGAUGUGUCGUAUGUGGCCGCUAUGGUGAGUACAUUUGUGAUGAGACUGAUGAUGAUAUUUGCAGCUUGGAAUGCAAGGGUAUAUUGUUGUCGCGGCUUGGAGAAUCACGGCAACCUACUGCUCGUCCAUGCCCUGUGAAGUUACCAGCAACUGAUGAGUGCUAUUAUGUAAGGGAUAAUGGUAAGUCUGAAGUGAAUCCGCUAACAACUGACCAGACUGAACUUCUGAGAAGGAAACUUGAUAUUCUUGUGAAGGGAGAUACUACACCGCCUCCCAUCUUGUCAUUUGCUUCUUGCAAGCUACCUCAGAAGCUUCUCGAGAAUAUUGAAGUUGCUGGUUACGAAAUGCCAACACCUGUUCAAAUGCAAGCAAUCCCUGCUGCUUUAGCACGGCAAAGCUUGCUUGUUUCAGCGGAGACUGGUUCUGGUAAAACUGGCUCUUUUCUAAUUCCUAUAGUUUCUCAGUGUGCGAAAUUCAAUGAAGAGCAUUUCCGAAACCAGCAACAACCAUUAGCUAUGGUUCUCACACCUACUAGAGAACUCUGCAUACAAGUAGAGGAUCAAGCUAAGGUGCUCGGGAAGGGUUUGCCAUUCAAAACUGCAUUGGUGGUAGGUGGUGAUGCCAUGGCAGGACAGCUCCACCGCAUCCAGCAGGGAGUAUCUUUAAUUGUGGGAACUCCUGGAAGGCUCAUUGACCUUUUAACGAAACACGAGAUUGAACUGGAUACUAUUUCAAUUCUUGUUCUUGAUGAAGUUGAUUGCAUGCUCCAAAGAGGUUUCCGUGAGCAGGUGAUGCAGAUUUUUACAGCUCUGUCUCAACCUCAAGUGUUAAUGUAUUCCGCUACAAUUCCUAAAGACGUAGAGAAGAUGGCAAGCUCAAUGGCGAAAAAGGUUACUGUCAUCUCUGUUGGGAAGCCAAAUAAACCUAAUCAGUCUGUCAAGCAGUUAGCUAUUUGGGUAGACUCGAAAAGGAAGAAGCAAAAGCUUUUUGAUAUUUUGAUGAGCAAGCAGCAUUACAAGCCACCAGUUAUUGUAUUUGUGGAUUCUAGACUCGGAGCAGAUCUCCUUUCUGAAGCAAUAACAGUAAGCACUGGGCUAAAAGCAUUAUCAAUUCACGGUGAGAAAUCCAUGAAGGAUAGGAGAGAAAUUGUAAGAUCAUUUCUAGUUGGAGAAAUUCCAGUUAUUGUGGCCACAGGAGUGUUGAGUCGAGGAAUCGAUCUGUUGACUGUAAAACAGGUUAUUGUGUUUGAUAUGCCGAAUUCCAUCAAGGAGUACGUGCACCAGGUGGGAAGGGCAUCUAGAAUGGGGGAGGAAGGUACAUCAAUUGUCUUUGUGAAUGAAGAGAACAAGAAACUGUUUCCCCAGUUGGUUGAAGCUCUUAAAACAUCCGGUGCUGCGAUUCCCCGAGAGCUUGCUAAUUCACGGUAUUCUGUUGGCUCUUUCUCUGCUGGUAGAGGUCAGAAAAAACGAAAACUUGGUUUCUGAAGAUGUUCCUCCCCUUCCUCUUCCUUAACAUUAAGCUCCCCUUUAGACGUUACCCUUCCUUUUGAUUUGUUCACUAGUUCUCUCACAGGAAGCUGGACUCUGUCAGACACACGUCACACAGUACACACAAUACGUAGUAUCGUAUGAAAAGUUGUGAACUUUCCAGGUAGUUAAGCAAAAUCCGGGCACUAGUGGUCUUGGUGGUGUAAUUAGAAACCACAAUGGUGACUGGCAAAUAGGAUUCAUGAGUAAGGAGCCUCAGGUAGACCCCGUCCUUGCUGAAUUAAGAGCCCUUAGACAAGGAUUGAUUAUGGCAACUCAACGCAACCUCACCCCCCUUGACAUCAUCUCCGGCUCAACAGAACUCUAACUUGAGAUUUUCUUUCCGCGAAUACAAGUAAGGUUUCACUCUUCAGUAACUUUGCUAAAACGUAUUACUAUAUAAGAUUAGAGAUGAGGUAAAUUAAAGGGAUCUUUGUGUUUUAUUUACAUGUUCACUAUCUCACAGAUUACAUAUAUUAGAUUUCAAGUUAUAAGUUCUUAUUUCAGCUCUACUCGUACUCCAGACAUGUAUCACUUGUAAAAUAGUCAAAUGCAUUUGCUAGAAUCUAACUCAAGUAAUACCUAUAAGAGAAUUUUAAUUUGUUUUUCGUCUUU